AUGAUCGCUACCGCCGCCAGUGGAGCCUUCAACGGCGCAGGUGCAGAUCAGGUGCGUGAGUGGGUGGACUUCGUCAUCAAUGUCGACGUCGACCCCGCCAAGAAGCACGAUCUCUUCCACUGCGUGUCUGUCGCGCGGCUACUGGCCGAGACGGGAGGCAGCAUCGCGCCAGCCGACUUCGAAGACCCUCACAUGCGGGACAUGAUCAAGGGCGACCCGUGGAAGAGCUGGAAAGUCUCGCCGGCACAGAUUGUCUUGGCGCUCAAGGUGCAGGGGGCGUGCGCGAAGAAAGCCUCGCCAGGACCAUCGGUGCCACCAGAGGUGGCCCACAACAACAAAGAGCUUUCGGGCAUGGCUGAAGCAGUGAAGCAAUUUGCGGAACUUCAGUCGCAGGCGCUGCAGAAAGGGAAGCCGAAAGGACUCAGUUUCAAGUUGCAGGACCGGAAACUCGAGCUGGGCAUGCAGCAUUUCGCCAAAGAUGCACUCCCGUCAGAGGAGGUCCUCGCGAAGUUCGAGGCGGCGGGGAAGAUCGCGCACGACAAAGGCAGGCCGUGGGUCGGGUCCGCUGAGGGCGAGGACCUGCGCGAUCACCACCGCCCAACUUGGAGCCGGACUCCUAUGAUCGACGCUGUCGUGGGGGACGGCUCUUACGAGGAGCGGGUGAAGCAGAGCGCUGCCGCCAAGCGGAACAUGGCGUGGAUGGACAAAGUCGACUACGCUGGCUUUGCCACGUUCAUGGGCCACCUGCACGAGUGGGGAUUCAAGGUAAUCCUCACCAAGGCAUGCAGCAUGGCUGACUUCCUUGCGUACGCCCACAACAUCGUGCGAAUCGCCGAGGAACACGGUGGAGUCAGGACAGCUUAUCAAUACGAUGUUCUCCAGAGGAGGGCCAUGGCCAGGGCUCUGGAGGAAGACGUCGUAGAUUUGGCGCCUUACUUCGCCAAGAUCGAUCGUGAAAACCUAGCUGACGCCAAAGACAAAGUAAACAAAAGCUUCACGGAGGCUGGCCGGGCUGUGACAGCUAAGGGGCAGCAGUCGAAGGGUCAGCCCAAAGGCUGCGCCAAGGGCGUCGCCGACAAGGGCGGCAAGGGGAGCAAGAAGAGCUCCGACGGCACAGAGGCUGACAACCGGCCUGUCCGGUCGCCGGCCAAGCGCCCCAAGGGCACGGCGGGCACCGAUUAUCAGCACAGGUCUCGCAGCCCCCGCUCCGGCAAUCAGCAGUACAACAGUUGGGGAAACAAGUGGUGA